CCGCCCUCUUUCUGGGGGAGGAACCCAUACGAGGGGGGGCGGACCCUUGCUUUUCCGUCGCAUGGGCCGGAAUGUUGCGGGCGGCGAGGGACUGCGAUUCCCACGUGGUGGCUUUCUCUCACUAGCCCACUUUGGUCCUCCUUGACGUCCUGGGCCUGUGGACUCGCUUCCUGUCGAGAUGCCGAAGGUCAAGUCAGGGGCUGUCGGCCGCCGCCGCAGGCCGCAGGAGCAGCACCGGGAGCUCGGGAGCGCUGGAGGACUCAUGUUCAACACGGGAAUUGGGCAGCACAUUUUGAAAAAUCCUCUCAUUAUUAACAGCAUUAUCGAUAAGGCUGCCUUAAGACCAACUGAUGUGGUGCUAGAAGUUGGACCUGGAACUGGCAACAUGACUGUAAAGUUGUUAGAAAAGGCAAAAAAGGUUGUUGCUUGUGAACUUGACCCAAGGCUAGUAGCUGAACUUCACAAAAGAGUUCAGGGCACGCCUGUGGCCAGCAAACUUCAAAUACUGGUGGGUGAUGUGUUGAAAACAGAUUUGCCAUUCUUUGAUGCUUGUGUGGCAAAUUUGCCUUAUCAGAUCUCUUCGCCUUUUGUCUUCAAGCUGUUGCUACAUCGACCUUUUUUCAGAUGUGCUAUACUUAUGUUUCAAAGAGAAUUUGCCCUCCGACUGGUUGCAAAACCUGGAGAUAAAUUAUACUGCAGACUCUCAAUUAAUACACAACUGUUGGCACGUGUGGACCAUCUAAUGAAAGUUGGAAAGAAUAACUUCAGACCACCGCCCAAGGUGGAAUCCAGCGUUGUAAGGAUAGAACCUAAGAAUCCACCACCACCCAUCAAUUUUCAGGAAUGGGAUGGUCUAGUAAGGAUAACCUUUGUUAGGAAAAACAAGACACUCUCUGCUGCAUUUAAAUCAAGUGCCGUGCAACAACUCUUGGAAAAAAACUAUAGAAUUCACUGUUCAGUCCAUAAUAUUAUAAUACCAGAAGAUUUCAGCAUAGCAGAUAAAAUACAGCAAAUCCUAACCAGCACAGGCUUUAGUGACAAACGGGCCCGUUCCAUGGACAUAGAUGACUUCAUCAGAUUGCUACAUGGAUUCAACACAGAAGGUAUUCAUUUUUCCUAGGCAUUUGGAAAACAGAAUUUUUUAAGGUCAAGAAAAGAAAUCUACAUUUUUUAUAUUUGAGAAGAUGAUGCUUUUGCUUUACUGAGACAUUCCUUAGUUGACUAUUUUUGGUUUAAUACUACUACUGCUGUCACCAUUUAUUAUUCUGAAUUUUUAAGUUGGAAAGUUCUAAGUAUGCAAGUUUUUUUUUGGUUUUGGUUUAAUAUAUAACAUAGAGCAGGUCCAAUCUAUUAAUAAUAAUCUUCACGUUCAGGAGCCGCAGAGACGCACAACUUUAUACUUAAGCUUAUCAUUUCUCACAGUUUAUUGUAUAAAGAUGUUACUCUUCUAUUUACUGUGUAAUAUACUGUGAGGCCUUCUUUAGGUCUGUUCCUCCAGUAGUAAAAAAGUUAAAAUAUGCUUCACUAGUCACACAUUCCCCAUACCAUUUCAUGUUAUUCACAUUCCUCAUACCAUUUCUUGUUAUUCACAUGUACAGUAAAACAAUUGUUUCUUA